CCCCGACCCCCUCUCCCCCUCCAAAACCAGUCCAGAACCGGUUUACUACCAGUUGGCCACCAGGGUCCUGACUAUGGUCUUCCAGUUGAACCGGAUCUCGACCAGUUUCAUGAGCCAGACAAUUCAGAGCCGCUCCCUAUGUCUCAUUCGCUAUCUCCUCAAAAAGGUGGAUCCACAGCACCUUAGUAUGGACGUGGUCAACUGUUUAUUAGAUUUCUUGAGAUAUCUGGCAGGCUCUGCUCACGGCUCUGACCUACGUCAUCAGUUGAUCGAACAUCUUAUAUUCAGUCCUGGGCUCUGGGCAAGAGCUGACACAAAAGUUCAGAUCCAGCUGUACAGUAGACUUGCGGCAGAGUUCUGCGGAGGUCGUCUGGGGUCGUCGUCGGGCGUGGUCCUGAGGGAGGAGGUGGGCGUGGCACAUCUCCUGUUCUCCCUGAGAGAGUACUAUGGUGUUGCCGGGGGCAACGAGGGGGAGGAGGGGGAGAGGGAGAAGAGAGAGGAAGUCCGUUCGUACAUCCUCCUCCUCGUCAGGAAAUUUGUUUCAACGGACAAUGGGAUCAGGGAGGAAGAAAUGACAAGUAUACUCAGCUACCUCUCCACUGUGCCAGAGGAGGAGAAUCUUCUGGAUAUAGUUCUGCUGCUUGUGGCCAUCUUGUUUGAGGAUGCGACUGGAAAUGUGAUCAGACUCUUCGAAAAACUUGACGGACUCAACGUUGCGGCGAAGCUGUUGGCGUGUACGUCGGAAGAGAUCAAGCUGUAUGCUCUCAAGAUGAUCGGAAGAGUCCUUCACAUGUCCCAGAGCAGACAUCAGAAGCAGCUGCUGCAGUCCACGGGUAUCCUGACGGUAGUGAGAGAGAAACUGUUGUCCUCCGGCCAACCUGUAUCAGUUGCCAUGUUCAACUCCCUCUUUGAGGUACUCGUGAACUCUCCAUCUCGCAGGAUUAUAUCAGGUCACUAUGUGGCUCUGGACCUCUCUCAUUCCAUACACUUCCCUGAGAUGCUGGCGGUGAUGAUAGAGGUGGUGUGCUCCCUCCACACCUCCACCUGCGACUGGGAGGAGGCGGACACUCUCAUGAGGAUGCAGCUGUUCUCCUACAUCACCUCCCUCUGUGCCCAGAACCAGACCAACUGCAAGGCUCUAUUGAGACUGACACAGUGGCAGCAUUGGCUACUGGACCUCGCAGACCAGCAAGACGCCUCUGAAGGGGACAGAGAGAGUCUCCAGGAGCUACUCUACCAGUUGUUUCACAGUCUCCUCCUCUACUGCUUCCAGGAGGAGCAGGACGGGUGGAGGGUAUGGGUGGAGACCACCGCUGCCAUUCACUCGCACCUAUCAGCCAAGGUGAUGCAGUCGCUCCCUUCCUCCUCCUCCAUCCCAAGCUCGUCUUCCCCCUCCUCUCCCUCUUCCUCUACCGAGGGCAUCAGAGAUGACCCUCCCUCCUCCUCCUCCUCCUCCCUCCCGAGUCACCAACUCAGAACCUCUCUCACCGCAGACACAACGACUGACGCCGGACUCAGAGAUAAGGACGGUAUUGAAACUGAAACCCACGAGAGAGGGGGUGGAGCUGUGGAGGAUUGUGAUGGUCCUCACGUUCAGAGGGUAGGUGUGGAUGCAUCACGGCAGAUGCCCAAUAAUCCAGGGACGAGAGAGGGUGAAAGAGAAGGAGAGGAGGUAAAGGCUGGAGGGGUCGACUCAAGAAAACAGGGCGUGUCCAGCAGUGAUGGAGCACUAACUGAAACUGAAACUAGUCCAGAGAUGUUGACAAAUGCCAAAGAAGUUGAUAUGUCGAACACUAGACCAGAGAAAACUUCGGGGUCUAUCACACCGUCUUCUUCACUUCCUCCAUCUCUUCCGGACAUGCCCCAAAGAAUGCGGAGACUGAACCGACCUCCGCCACUAGCCACACCCACCGCCACGCCCCCUUUACUGAUGUCGUCCAAGGAGAGCCCCACGUCUCCGUUCUUCAUUCCCAGUAACCCAUUCCUGAGUGUGGUGGGUCGCAUGCCGAGGUUCCAGUGGGCCGCGGUCCACGUCUCUCUACUGGACUCUCUCCUCAGAUCUCUCCUCAACAUCAUACAGAAAUGGUCAACUGAUAACAGGAUGCCUUCAAAGUCACUGGGAGAAGAUGGGAACAAGUACCUGCGUUCCAACGUGGCCCACCUGCUGGCACUAGUCAGCGAUGUUCUGGUGGAGAUGAACGGAGGAUUGAAACAACUUCUGGCCAAGGCCGCCAACCCCGUCCUCUCUGACAGGAUCAGAUUGACGAAAUCUUUCAGAGGGUCAAUAGGCCCGACACUAAAGUCCACUCUCGCUACCGACGGAGUUGUGGUUCGCUCCCUCCUCUCCUCAGUACUCGCCCUCUCGGAGGUGAUGGUUGUCAGCGGACUCCUGAAACUGGGAGUGGUUGAGACCAGAAUGAAGAUGGACCAGGGAGGCAUGUACAGACAGGCCCUCAGACUAGUGUUGAUUGAUGCCUGUCUUAUCACAAUGGAGUGUAACAUCAAAAAUAAGGUGUACCAGGAGCACUACCAGCAGACGAAGAAGACGAUAGAGAAAGAUUUCAGAGAGACCGAAGCUCUUCUCGAGGCACUGGGCAUUUCAGAUUCAUCUCUCAAGAAGUACUUCAGGAGAGGAAUGGAGGGGAAGAUGGAGAACCUGCGAGACAGCCAGUGCCUCCUCUCUGACCACACCCUCUCUCCACUGGCCAGACUCCUCGACAGAGAUACGGAGGGGAAGCAGUUGCAGGAGCGUAUUGCCAAGGCAACAGUGUAUUUCCUGGCCAUCUUAUGUGUCUCCAAGUACCGCAGUAUCCUUGAGGCUGUCGGUCGAGAUAUCGCAGAGGACGCCCCCACUGUUGCUACCACUAACGAGGAAUACGGGGGGAGGGGGGCAGAUGAGGGGACCCAAAUUUCAACUGAGGGUGAGAAAUUCGGUCCUCUCUCAGCUGGGGAAGAAGGUGUGACUAACAGUCGAAAUCAAGAGAAAGGAGAGAGGAGGCCAAGUUUGGAAGCAGUGGAUGGUAACGAAGAGAAAGGGGUUGAGGAAGAAGGCAUGGGAGAGGGGGAGAAGGAGAGAAGAGAUAUUCAGAGGCCGAUGUCUGUAGAGACAGACUCUACGGCAACCCCUGACCUCGAACAAACCUUCCAUUUCCCGGUCGACGGAGAGAGAACAGCUCCCUCGGUGGCCGGUGGGGCGGGCCCGGUGCCGGCGUCGGUGGUGUUCUACAGACAGUCUAUGGACACCUCGGAGCAGAUCAGGGCAGCUCUGGCGAUGGUGGGUCCGUUUCUCUGCCGAGUGUUGGUCGGACAGAAGAGCGGGUUGGGGAGACUGCUGGUCGGGUCUGACGGAAGACCCCUGCUGAACGAUGCGGUGUGCAGGCUGGCAGAGAAUCAGUCACUGGUGGAAAUCACGAUGCUACUCUGUUCUCAAGAGUGGCAGUCGUCCCUUGCAAAAAACGGUGUCAAGGCAUUUGCCGAUCUCCUCGCCGAAGGAAGGAGUAUGGUGCAGUUCUGUGAGGGUUAUCUGCGCAGUGUGGCGUCGAGAAAAGUGGCAGAUUUCAAAUCUACCGCUGAAUCACAACUCCAACACUUCACCGUUUUUGAGGAGCAGCUGUCGGUCUAUCUCAGCCAGGCAGUGAGAAGCAGCUGCGAGGUGGCUCAGCUGAGGAGGGCCGAAUGGAGGAGAGACACAAUGUAUGCCAGAGACCUCUGGAGAAAGGUGUCGUCAGUGGUGGAUGAAUAUGGGAAGUUUGAUCGAAGCCCGAUGAGCUGUCAGUUCUUGAAGAUGGAUCUCAGAGAAGACUCCCAGAGACAGAGACUGAAACUGGUGGCCAACACUCACGGGACUCUUCACGAAGACGCCAGACGAACGAUGCCUGCCGAGGAGGUAGACGAGGGAGAGGGAGGGAUCAACGAGGGGCUGGACCACGUGGGGAUGCCCCUGCAAUCAGGGCCACUAACGAGCUCGUCGCAAGCCGACGAAGGCAGUCUCGGUUCCGAUGAGCUGCUGGAGACACAAGUAACCGAACAAGAACAGACCCGUAAGUUGUGGUCGGUGCAGUGUAAAAUGCUGGUGAUGGCUCGAGCUCUCCCCGGGAACCUCGUCUUCUCUCUCUCCUCUCUCUCCUUCAACGCCGACGACGACUCUGAGGAGUUUGGACAUCUCUCUCCUCUGAUGGACUACUAUGCCAUGAACGAGAGGUGGGAACUAAGUCAAGUCAGAGCCGUCUUCUCAAGAAGAUAUCUCCAUCAGAACAAGGCCCUCGAGAUAUUCUUCACUGACAGAUCCUCAGCGUUCCUGGUGUUCUCAAGUCCUCGUGAGGUGAGAGAAGUUGUAAAGAGACUUCCAAAAGUCGGGACAGGAGCCGAAUACGACCUCCCUCAAUCCAGGUCCACCUCCUUGGCACAACCCCACCAGCUGUUCCGGAGGUCCUCCGUAACCGCCAAAUGGCAGAGGAGAGAGAUCUCGAACUUCGACUACCUCAUGUACCUCAACACGAUCACCGGUCGCACGUACAACGACCUCAACCAGUACCCUAUCUUUCCCUGGGUUCUGGCCGACUACUCCUCCAACAUUCUUGACCUCGACGACCCCUCUUCGUUCAGGGACCUCUCCAAGCCGGUGGGAGCUCUGAACGGCCAGAGACUGGCGAGACUGGAGGAGAGACUGGAGAGCUGGGAGGACGAGAGAAUUCCUCCAUUUCUCUACGGCACCCACUACUCCACCAUGGCCUUCGUACUGCACUGGCUCGUCAGAGUGGAGCCGUUCACAACAGCUCACAUUCAAUUUCACGACGGAGUGUUUGACCAAGGCAGUCGUAUGUUUAACUCCAUCCUCCAGUCUUGGAACAACGUCUGCAGUGACUCAGCCAAUGUCAAGGAGCUGAUUCCAGAGCUAUUCUACCUGCCAGAGAUGCUCACAAAUCACAAUAAGUUCUAUCUGGGGAGACGGGGGGCGUGUGAGGAAGGGGAGGUCAUAGGUGACGUGGAUCUACCGCCAUGGGCUGACUCCCCACAAGAGUUCAUUCACUUACACCGAGAGGCUCUGGAAUCGGAGUAUGUGUCUCGGAAUCUCCACCACUGGAUCGACCUCAUUUUCGGCUGCAAACAGCGAGGUGAAGAAUCAGUGAAGGCCAAGAACACGUUCUAUUACCUGACCUACCAGGGUAGCAUUGACUUAGACGCAACAACCGAUCCUCAGCUACGAAAGGGUCUGGAGGAUCAGAUACGACAUUUUGGUCAAACUCCCUCGCAGCUGCUCACGGAGCCACACCCAUCCAGACACCCCUGUUGUCAAGGAGAACCCUCCGGCCCCCAUCCAGGGGGCUUUCCCUCACGACCCAGCCCUGGUUGCCGAGCUACAGGUCACCCCGGACAUGCCCAUAGCUCUGGUCCAGCUCUCCCCCUCCUCCUCCCUUCCCUCCUCCACCACCUCAUCUUCCUCCUCCUCGUCCUCCUCUGCUAACGCCUCCACCGGCUCCCUACUAGUAGUCACUUACAAUCAGCUCUUUGCAGUCAACAAAUGGACGGUUUCUCCAGGAAGAGUUAACAAUUCACAGGUUUUUCUUGAGCCUGACCCUCAUAUAGCUGGCGGUCUGAAGACGAGACUGGGUGACCCUCUGGACCAGAGUCUCUCCCCCUCCUCUGCCUGUUUCGCUGCGCUCCCCGAGAACAAUGUCGUCUUUGUCUGCGGAUUCUGGGACAACAGCUUCAGGUGUUUCAACACUGACACAGGUGCUAGUAUUCAGAGUGUGUUUGGGCACAGGGAGAUUGUCACAUGUCUGUCUUACUCCGGAGAACGUGGGGUAUGGGGUACCCCGGGGAGUGGUCUCCUAGCAACGGGGUCACAUGAUGCCACGGUGAUGGUUUGGAGAUGGUGUGGUAGACAGAAAAGGUUUAUCGGCUCUCUGAACGGACUGGACAACAGAGGCUCAGUGGUGACACCAGAAGCAGUACUGACAGGACAUGUGGAGCCUGUGGUGUGUGUCUGUGUCACUGUCAGCCUUGGCCUGGUUGUCAGUGGAGCAAAACAUGGAAACUGUCUAGUCCACAACACAAGUGGAGAGCUCCUCCACAAGCUAGUGUCGGCAUUCAACUGGUCGUUUCCCCCACCUCAUCUCCCUAACGAACAGGGGCCACAUCGUCAUUCACUACGCCGACCAGAAGGGCUGUAUCGGUGUCUUUUCUUGCAACGGGAAACAGUUCGCUCAGUGUGCCCUCGGAGACCCAGCACUGGCAAUGACGGUGUCGCAGUGCGGGAAGUACCUGGUCGCCGGAGGAUUUGACUGCAAGGUCAGAGUGUUUCUGGCACACAGCCUCGAGAGAAACUACGUCUACGAGGCUUUCACCAGCAGCAUUCGCUCCCUACACUUCUCCCACGACCAGAGGUACAUCUUUGCUGGAUUGUCAUCGGGCAGUGUUGCAGUUUUAGCCACUCACUAUUGGCUGGACUUAUGACAGAACACUUUUGUUUUUGUUUUUUUCCCCGGUUUUUUUCGUUUCUGUAUCAUAGCGUGUACGUAUCAUGUUUCAAUUUGUGUCAUUUUUAGGGUUACUCCCCGCGCCCCCGCACGUUU